GAUAGUGUACGACGCAGUAAUGCAAGGGCGAUAAGUGGAGUUGGGUUCAAUAUAAGCGUCCGAAUUCGCGGAACUGCAAAAUCCACUCGCUGGGAUGGAACUUGUCUAGAGUUAGACUUAGAGAGGCGGCAUGGCUGUCAGUGGCAGUCUCUGGUCUAUUUGUGUGUUUUUCCUACCCGUAGUAUCAACACAGAUGAUUGACUUGACUGGUAACUGUUCAAGAACAGGUCCACCAGAACCUCUGGAUAUAUGGGGAGUGGAAGAGAGGGAUCCCCUGACUUGCAGUUUGUUCGGCACAAGCAGCUGCCGGAAUGGUGUCCUCCCGCCUCACCUGGGCGGUCCUUUCAUGGGUUCGCCGGAGUCCCUGACGGUGGAGGGAGCGUAUGUCAAGGGCGGAACCGGUAACCUCAACCCCCAGCUGGUUUUCACAUGGAAACCCCCUGCAGCAGCUGCUGGCUUCAAUCAUCUCAAGGGGUUCUAUGUAGAAAUCCAUAGAUUAACAGGAAUUUCUGCCCGAGAUCCUUUCUAUUGCCGUGUGUUUGACUUUGCUGAGAACAAUUUUACCAACCAGGACUACAUGCUGGUGUUCAGAAAGAAAAUGAUCGGCUUCCCCUCAGGGAUAGACUUCUUGUACCGAAUGAAGAUAUUCACCUUGCCGAUGGCAGCAGAGUCAAAACCGAAGACAGCAUUCUUUAAACUUCAACCAUUCCUUGAAAAUGGAAAAGCUACUUCAGCGAAUUGGUCGACAUCGAUCUCCUAUGAGAGUGAUAACCUGACAGCACCAGCCAGGAUUACAGUCCAGUUCAGCUUGGCACCAAAGGAGUAUAAUUUCAAGAAGUACAACAUUGAGCUUGUCAGUGAUCGUGAUCAUAAAAAUGUAAUGUUCCUCUGCGUCAUCAGCACACUGGACAGUUACUCGUGUCAGGGAAGAAACUACCAGAAACCAUCUGAGGAUGCUGUUACUAUAAGACACACAUUCUAUGAUCUAGAACCAGCUAUUUACAAAGUGUGGGUGUCACCACACAACCCACACUGGCAGGAGGAAGGCCAAUGUCUGUGUUCUGAGAAGACAUCAGUCAAUGAAAGCCACUGUGUUCGCUGUAUCACCACAACUACUGGAAACAUCACCAUUACACAAAAUGGUCAACAAACUGGUGCAUCCCAGCCUACUGUAGCAAAACCUGUAGCCACACUACCAGCUAGUGGUAGCUCCGACACAACCACAGGAGAGACCCCUCGCAUGGGGACGUCAAGCUCUUCGCAGACUUCUAAUGACAUGGUGACAGUGCUGGCAGCUGUGUUAGGGGCCAUGUUGGGCCUGGGUCUCAUCGUUUUUGCCGUGUUUUUCUACUGGAAAAAGCAUCUUACAGGAAAUGGACUCAUCAGCGACAACAAGCCAGCAAAUAUUAACAAUCUUAAGGGAGGUAACACGCCAUCAGUCUUUCCGAGGAAGAAGGUGUAUUUGCUGUAUGCUGAAGAUCAUAAAGAUCACAUGAAUGUCAUCACCAGUUUUGCCUUCUAUCUGAAAGACCAGUGUUCCUGUGAUGUGUUCUAUUUGCCCUGGUUCAAAGGGGCAUUCCAUUCUAUGGGCACCUACCAGUGGAUCAUAUCACACAUUGACAAGGCAGACUACGUCAUUGUCAUCAGCUCAGAGGCAGCUUUCAAACUCCUGGAUGCUCGGAAUACUAACACGUCUUUGCGAACAGAAGAUGAAGGUCCAGGAGGUGACAUCUUCUCUCCAGCCAUAACCCAUGUCAUGACAAAAUCAUGCGAGCCGGAUUUCUACAAGAAAACCAUCCUUGCCUACUUUGACUACACCAGUGAGGAUUUUGUUUUGAAGGAAGUGAGCCCCGGGGUCUCUUAUAAGUUGCCCAAACACUUCAAGGACUUAUUGUGUCACAUCCAUGAAGUUGAUGUGUUUGACCAGACUCACAGACAGCCAAACACAGACGCUAUGGAGAACCUACAAGCCACUCGAAGUGGCCAAAGUUUCCAAGAGGCCAUGACAAAAGCCCGUCACUUCCAGAAAUCAGACCCACUGUGGUUUGAUAAGAGGUUCUAUCGACAAGAUUCAGCCUAUGAAUCCGAUCCUGAUGGUCACUUUGAUUCAGUGUCACUGACUCCGAGUCCUGGCAUCAUGGUCAGAGAUCCUAUGAUUGACACACAGCACCUCAGUGUUGGUACUCACACGGACAGUGUGGUGACCUACAACACCGAGUACAUCCGAGAACAUGAAGACAUGAACAUGAUUCCCCCGAGUGAAGUACCAACUGACACGCCUACCGAAGUCGUCAACAAACAGUUGGAAAACAUCAACAACAACAACAACAACAUCAACUACACCCAUCCAGGAAAUGCUACCCAGUAUGAGUUCUAUCCCAAGGACAUGUUUGCUCCAAGUGAAAUACAGACAGAUGUGGAUCUAGAUAGAUGCUUCCUUGCCAUCAACAUGAGAGAAUGUACAGAGUCUGUUGAACAGGGGAGACUCAACAUCCCGCUAGACAAUCCCAUUGCCUAUGAUGACGUUGCAAGCGGUAUUGAUGUUUGAUGGAUGACCUUGUAAGGCCCCUGUUGUCUUGACAAUACUAUCGCAGUCCCAUCUACUUCUGUGUUCAUAUUUCACGUGUGUUGAACUCAAAUGUUCAAUCAAAUGUUGAAAAUGAUAUUAAUUCCCAUAUGUUGAAACAUGCAUGUUCAAUCAUGUUGAAAAUCAUAUUAUUCCCAUUUGUUGAAACACAUACGUUCACUCACAGUGAAAAUCAUAUUAUCAUCCAAAAUGCCUCCCACAGGAGAUAUCGCUGGGGUGAGAUCAAUGAAAUUGCAUCACAAUGCUCUGCAGACCAUUGUGACAUCAUUGGUUACCAUUAUGUCACAAUCAAAAGACAUCACUAAUGGCUCUGCUACUGAGGCUGUUAGCAUUUCUUUUCACACUUAAGACACUGCUUAUUACUGUCUACAAACUGAAAAAGUUGGAAGAAUGAUGUUUGAUGAUAAAUAAAAUCUCACCCUUGUGUCUUUUUGAUAAAAGUGGAAAAACUCCUCGACAAGCCUCAGAGUUUUUCCACUUUUAUCAACUCUUAUUGAUAUAUUUGAUAUUAAAAGACACUCGGGUGAGAUUCUCCAUUUAAUUCCCAUAUAUUGAAGCACAUAUUCAAUCAUGUUUGAUAGUUCCAUGGCCACGUCCCAACAGUUGGAGGCGUUAACUAUUUAUGACAUUAAUGUUAUCGUUGCUGAAUGUUCGUGCUUUGGGACAGCUGACGUAACCUCUGAUGUAUAUGCUGGUUCCUGUUUGUAAUGAGAUGGAUGAAUGAGUUGAAAAGAAAGACCUAGGCCUGUCAACAUGCUAUGUUUUUCCGAAUGUUUUGAUACAUACUUUUGAAAUACUACUGCUAGGCAUUUGAGAUUUGAAAUGCUGGGCAGAGCCAGGACCUGUUCUUAAUUGACAGAUGGAUGCCAUCCAUUGCAAUAAACUGUAAAUCUUGAAAUUAAUGCGUCUCCAACUUAAUACGACUGCUGACCCCAAAACCAAAAAUGCGACUCAAUAUCAAUGGGACUCCCCCCACCCCAUCCCCAGUGCAUACAUAUCCUUACCUUAAUCCAACCUUACCUUAUCCAAUCAAACCACAGAGUAGAGCACAUCCGUAAAAUAAUAAACAGUGUUUUCCAUAAAACAACACACAGUCCAUAUGUUUGUUCUGUUGACUGGCGUUCAAAGGCAAUAAAAUAUUUGAACCAACAGUUCACUGAUUGGUAUGUGGAGAAGGUGUCAGCAAACUAGAAGGCAGCCUUCAAGACAAAGGCUGUAGAUCUGAGGAGUGUGAUGAAGCCUGUCGGUGUGCGUUGGGCCGUGUCGGCCUUUAAGGCAGUGUUCCGUGGGUGGCAUCUGUCUGGACUGCUGUAGUACUCAGUGAUGCCUAGUUUGACAUGAGUUUGUAGAAUUUUUUACCCCAGCAGUGAUAACUUACCAGAUUCCUAUUGUGAAAGUCCUAUGACAUUGUUUUAAUCUUGUUACAACUGUUGCUCAAUAAACAGUGUUUGUGUUUAUAUUCAAGUUGGUAUUUCCGCUAUCCAAAGUGUACAGUGAUGCCAACGUAUUGUUGAUAUUUUAGACAUAAAAAUGCAAAGAUUAAUUUAUGCGAACAAAGACCACUCUCAUUUUUUGCAUUAAAUUCAUGCUCCCUUUAAUUUCAAGAUUUACGGUAUUAAAGUUUUGAUGAAUUAUGUAUUGCAUGGUGAUUGUUUUGUCAAGUUAUCGUCAUGCUAGUAUUAUUUCUAAGGGAUAAUUUUCUGCUAAAAAACAUGAAACAUAGCUGUGUUCUAAUGUAGCAGUGUAAUGUCUCCAACAACUAGAAACUGAACAUCUAUGGGUUCAUUCCAUUACACAGCAACGGCGCCAGAGAUAAUAAAUAAAUAAUAAUAAUAAAUAAAAAUUGUGUAGAUCAAUAUUAUUUUUUUGGUCAUGAAGUUGUUUGGCUUGAUGGCAAUGAAAAUAAAAUCUAGAAAUAGAAAUAUAGAAUCUUAUCCUGUUUAAGGUGCUGAUUUUUUUAUAUUUGCAGUGAAAUGUGCAUGUAUGUACCAUGUUUAUACAUAAAAGGUUUUGUUAUUUUCAAAAUGGCAUCAGGGGUAUCAAACAAUGAAUUUGAUUCAGCUUGUAUGAAAAGGAUUGAUAGUUUCUUUAGUUCUGUAUUGUUAUUGAAGUUGGUUCUUUUAAGUUUUUAUAAAUAUCCAACAAAAAUGGAGGGGCUAAGAAGUAAGUUGUAUGUGUUUUUAUUGUAUUUUCGGACUGUGUUUUUGGUUACAGUUGGUCAAAUCCAUGAAAAAUGGAAACCGUGGCCUUUGUAUUGUCUGUUGGAAUUGUGGUCAGUGGUGAUGCAUAAACAUUCACAUAGCUUCAUGUAGAACACACAAUAUGUUGCUCCCUCUGUGCCCUCUUCUCCCCUCUGUUUAGGCGGAUAAUCUAGACUGGUUAUUCUCUUGCAUUGACAAUUUAUAUUUACAUACUACAUAAGGUCCCAGAUUUUUAUGAAUAAUACUGUGAUAGAAAUUUUUCCCAAACUGGUCCUUCUAGAAUGUACUUUUUACCAUGUUGAAACACUGUCCUUAAUGUACAUUUUACCAUGUUGAAACACUGUCCUUAAUGUACAUUUUACCUUGUUGAAACACUGUCCUUAAUGUACAUUUUACCAUGUUGAAACACUGUCCUUAAUGUACAUUUAACCAUGUUGAAAGACGGACCUUAAUUUACUUUUUACCAUGGUAAAACAAUGGCCUUAAUGUACAAUUUUCCAUGUUGAAACACUGUAAUGUACUUUUUAUCAUGGUAAAACAAUGUCCUUAAUGUAUAUUUUUCCAUGUUGAAACUCCUUAAUACACUUUUUACCAUGUUGAAACUGGUCCUUUAUGUACUUUUAACCUUUUUGUGUUCUACGGAACUGUCUUUGACCAACCAUUGUGUCAUUUACAGAUGCAUUUUGAAGUUGUUUUGAUAAAGAUGAAUUCACUCAUAGGUAUUGAAAAGAGUGUUACACUUUCUGAUAUGGGUAUUAUUUUUUUGCCUAGUUCUUUAACUGUGUCAGUUAUAUAAUCUAAAGUAUGAUAAUUUUGAUACAAUAUUUACUGUGAUAAUACGUAUCCAUGGGAACCAUAUAAGUCAGUGUUUUACUUUUAGUGGCUACAAACUGUUUCAACAACAAAAAGACAAUGUACCUGUGGAUUUGAAAAAUGCUAGCUGAUCAUCUAUCUUCGUCUUUCAUCAGGCUAUGAUGUUGCUUGAGGAGCAGUUGAUUAAUCUCUGGUAGCAUCUUCCUGAGACAAGGGCGUUAACUGACUGUAAAAGUCCAGUUUUCACCCUUGCCAAACUAGGCUGGAAUGUUCAGACUCGAUCGUAUACACCAUCAGUGGCUAUUACGAGUUAUGUCCCUUCUAUGUCCCUCCUAUUGACCAACUGAUUCAAUCUCUGAUAUGACUUGCAUUUGCUUCAACCAAAAUGGCGGCACCCAGUCAAGACGUUCUGAUCGAUAUUCAAAAGCUCUAUUGUAAUAAAACAUGUCUUACGUCGCGAAGUGCCUCAGAUCAUUGGAGCACCUUGAUUAAAAACAUGUAAAGAUUUGCAAAUAUCUGUCAAUGCCCAGUUGACAGUACACAUGCUUUGCAAAUCCUUCAGUCAAUUGAAACCAGCACCUUGAAUUCCUUGUUGUUACACGAACCAGAUAUCUAGUUCGUUACACAAUUUUGAUUGGACAUGCAUAGACUCGUUAAUCCAGCCAAAAUGUAAUUCCAAAAUUCCAGCCUAGUUCAGCUCUGAUUGUGAAAUCGGCAACAUCAUCAGCAGCAGCAAGGGUGGAAACUGGACUUUUGUAGUCAGUUAAUGCCCUUGCCUCAGGAAGAUGCUCUGGUAGAUCUGCUGAAUAAUCACCAAUAAAAUAUCACUUGUAUGUCAUUCAGUUAUUGCAGAGGAAGCUUCCAUAUUAAUGUGUAGCAUGUAGGGCUGGGACGAGUCCAAAUUUACUACCCGGGUACCCGACACCCUAUUACCAGGCCCUACCCAGAUACCCGCUAUAGGUCUAAAGAGUUGGGUACUAAAUGUCUGAAUGGGAAUUGUUUUACCGUAGCCCUGGCAAAAACUAUUUAGAUACAUGAUCAUGUAUACACUGCAGUUGAUAGACCCUUUAUCCUUACUCGAACAUAUAAAAGUCAGUCCUACUCAGGACCCACCCGACGAGAGUGUCCAAGUUACCCGUCCCAGCCCUAGUAGCAUGACAUUCAUCAUGUUGCAUUAUCUGUUCACUGUCACACACACAGUUAAUAGUGAACUGAGGUUGUAAAAUAUUUAAUCAAAUCAAACGAAACCUUCAACCACUCGAGUAUUUGUACAUGUUUUUAAACAUUGUUAUUCCGUUGUGUUUUCUUGUAUGAAGCUAAUUGUUGAUAAUACACAAAACACCUUCCACACAUGCCUGGUGCACAUAUUUUAAGAUGUUCACAUUCAUGAAAAAUAAAAGCAAUAUGCAAAGUAAAAUUUGAGAAAAUUCCAGAAAUGCCAACAUAUUGUAUAUUGACACUGAGUUGGACUUGUCGCUUGCACCUUCUUCCAAGGAAAUGUUUUGAAACCACAACUAAAAGCAGAUAUCUUGCCAGUAUAUUUACAAUAAAAUUUCAUUUUGUAGCAGAUUGUCUCAAGUAUUUACUCUCAUCCUAUAUUUUAUUCAAUGUAUGUAUACUAUUUUACUGUUUGUUAUACCUGACUGAGAUCAAAAGGAAUUUUGUUGUUUAGAAUUGUAUAUAUAGAUCAUGAAUGUCGAUUGUCCGAUGUCUUUUACCCAUGUUGUACACCAUAUUGGAUACCUGCAAUUGUUGACAUAAUGCUAAGCAUUAUUUGAUAUUAACCUACAUGUAACUCAUGCCUGACCCUAUUAAUGCUGCUGUCUAGGUAGUUAUUGCACACCUUGACCUCAUGUAGGUCAACAUAUGUAAGGCAAGCAUUCUAUAUUACAGCAUCCCUUAAUGCUGCGACCGCCUCCAUGGUCUAGUGGUAGAGCGUCCGCCCGGAGAGCGGAAGGUCCGGGGUUCGAUCCCCGACCGCGUCAUACCAAAAGACAUUAAAAGAUGGUACUUGUUGUUACCCUGUUUGGCGCUCGGCAUUAAGGGGCUAAAACAAGGACUGGUCGCUCGGAGUCAGUAUACUGUGUCUGAGUUGGGUAUUCAUGUUAAACUGCAGCAUGGUAUCUCAGUGAGCUAGCACUAUAAAUCGGCAUCAGUCCAGCCUAGUACAAGCAGCCACACAAACACACACACAUACAUGCACGUCGCUAUAUAAGUGCAAUAAUCUUGGACGCGACGUUAAACCCCAUUUCACCUCACCUCACCCUUAAUGCUGCUGUCUAGGUAGUUAUUGCACACCUUGACCUCAUGUAGGUCAACACUUGUAAGGCAAGCAUUCUAUAUUGCAGCAUCCCUACAUGCUGCUGUCUAGGUAGUUAUUGCACACCUUCACCUCAUGUAGGUCAACACUUGUAAGGCAAGCAUUCUAUAUUACAGCAUCCCUACAUGCUGCUGUCUAGGUAGUUAUUGCACACCUUGACCUCAUGUAGGUCAACACAUGUAAGGCAAGCAUUCUAUAUUGCAGCAUCCCUACAUGCUGCUGUCUAGGUAGUUAUUGCACACCUUGACCUCAUGUAGGUCAACACAUGUAAGUCAAGCAUUCUAUAUUGCAGCAUCCCUUCAUGCUGCUGUCUAGGUAGUUAUUGCACACCUUGACCUCAUGUAGGUCAACACUUGUAAGGCAAGCAUUCUAUAUUGCAGCAUCCCUUCAUGCUGCUGUCUAGGUAGUUAUUGCACACCUUGACCUCAUGUAGGUCAACACUUGUAAGGCAAGCAUUCUAUAUUACAGCAUCCCUACAUGCUGCUGUCUAGGUAGUUAUUGCACACCUUGACCUCAUGUAGGUCAACACUUGUAAGGCAAGCAUUCUAUAUUGCAGCAUCCCUUCAUGCUGCUGUCUAGGUAGUUAUUGCACACCUUGACCUCAUGUAGGUCAACACUUGUAAGGCAAGCAUUCUAUAUUACAGCAUCCCUACAUGCUGCUGUCUAGGUAGUUAUUGCACACCUUGACCUCAUGUAGGUCAACACUUGUAAGGCAAGCAUUCUAUAUUGCAGCAUCCCUUCAUGCUGCUGUCUAGGUAGUUAUUGCACACCUUGACCUCAUGUAGGUCAACACUUGUAAGGCAAGCAUUCUAUAUUGCAGCAUCCCUUCAUGCUGCUGUCUAGGUAGUUAUUGCACACCUUGACCUCAUGUAGGUCAACACUUGUAAGGCAAGCAUUCUAUAUUACAGCAUCCCUACAUGCUGCUGUCUAGGUAGUUAUUGCACACCUUGACCUCAUGUAGGUCAACACUUGUAAGGCAAGCAUUCUAUAUUGCAGCAUCCCUUCAUGCUGCUGUCUAGGUAGUUAUUGCACACCUUCACCUCAUGUAGGUCAACACUUGUAAGGCAAGCAUUCUAUAUUGCAGCAUCCCUUCAUGCUGCUGUCUAGGUAGUUAUUGCACACCUUGACCUCAUGUAGGUCAACACUUGUAAGGCAAGCAUUCUAUAUUACAGCAUCCCUACAUGCUGCUGUCUAGGUAGUUAUUGCACACCUUGACCUCAUGUAGGUCAACACAUGUAAGUCAAGCAUUCUAUAUUGCAGCAUCCCUACAUGCUGCUGUCUAGGUAGUUAUUGCACACCUUGACCUCAUGUAGGUCAACACAUGUAAGGCAAGCAUUCUAUAUUGCAGCAUCCCUUCAUGCUGCUGUCUAGGUAGUUAUUGCACACCUUCACCUCAUGUAGGUCAACACUUGUAAGGCAAGCAUUCUAUAUUGCAGCAUCCCUUCAUGCUGCUGUCUAGGUAGUUAUUGCACACCUUGACCUCAUGUAGGUCAACACAUGUAAGGCAAGCAUUCUAUAUUGCAGCAUCCCUUCAUGCUGCUGUCUAGGUAGUUAUUGCACACCUUGACCUCAUGUAGGUCAACACAUGUAAGGCAAGCAUUCUAUAUUGCAGCAUCCCUUCAUGCUGCUGUCUAGGUAGUUAUUGCACACCUUGACCUCAUGUAGGUCAACACUUGUAAAGCAAGCAUUCUAUAUUGCAGCAUCCCUUCAUGCUGCUGUCUAGGUAGUUAUUGCACACCUUGACCUCAUGUAGGUCAACACUUGUAAAGCAAGCAUUCUAUAUUGCAGCAUCCCUACAUGCUGCUGUCUAGGUAGUUAUUGCACACCUUGACCUCAUGUAGGUCAACACAUGUAAGGCAAGCAUUCUAUAUUGCAGCAUCCCUUCAUGCUGCUGUCUAGGUAGUUAUUGCACAAGAUCAAUAUCAAGAUAUUUUUAAACAUAAUUCUGUAACUUUUGCUGAGGUAAAGCUUUUUUAAAGAUUUGGUUUUCGGAUUUCACCAACCCGAAACCAUGUAAACAUAUUAGUGGUGGUAUAAAAGCAAUCUGAAAACUCCUAGUUUUUUUGUUCUAAUGAAUGCCAAUGUAGACGACAAAAUGAAGAGUGUAUGAAAGGUUUGACUACAAGUAUGUUACAAUAUGUUAUUUAAGAGACACAUCUUAUAAUAAUAAUUAUCCAUUUAUUUGGCGCUGUACUCCAUGCUUAAGCAUGCUCUAAGUGCUUAGACAUUUAUUACCCCAGUCAAUGGAUCAAUGUGCAAUCAUUCUCAGCUCCCUGGGGAGUAUACAACCCAAGCUGCCUGUUAGGAACUAGAAAGUUAACAACCGCAUUACUACAUCUAGAAUAGUUUAUGGAAGCUUAUUUGUAAAAAACACAUCUUUUGUAUGUUACAGUAGGUUACAUGACCAUUUCUUUCGUGUUUAUUGUCAUGAGAACUGGCAAUAGAGGUACAGGAGUGUGUGUAUUUUUAUAGACAUUUUGAAGUUGGUAGUAGAAAGAGACCAAAUAUUUCCGGUGAUGAAGGGGUUAGACAUAACCUCAGUUUAUGAAUAAAUAAUACUGCAUUUGAAAUCCACUUGUUUUUCCGGCUAUCUGAGUCUUAUGGUGGUGGACCAUAGAUCUGAUGGCCAUUGCUAUUGGUCGAUGACUAUAUGCUAUUGUUUGUGGUAACUGUUAAAUUCUGAUAUCAUCAAUUGUGAUGUUAUGAAGGUUACACGUCAUUGUUAAAUGUCACAUUGUUGAUGCUUAAAAAUCUCCAAAUGAUGUACUUAAGUGAGUGAGUGAAUUGGGUUUAACGCACUGACUUUAAUCUCAGAUUUGUCCUGCGCCAUAUUGUCAGCACCAUACCCCUGCUCCUGGGUUUCACCGAAGUGGUAAGCAUCUAAGACCUGCAUCACUUAGGGCCUUCCUCCCACAUCAAGCUGUUGAAAGUGGGGUUAGACCCAAAUGACCCACUGACUUUAAUCCCAGAUUUGCCCUGCGCCAUAUUGUCGGCACCACACCCCUGCUCCUGGGUUUCACUGAAGUGCUAAGCAUCUAAGACCUGCAUACACAUUCAGCUGCUGAAAGUGGUAUUAGACCCAAAUGACCCACCAACUUUAGUCCAGAUUUUCCCUGUACAAUAUUAUUAGCACCAUAUUGUCGGCACCAUCCCCCUGUUCCUGGGUUUCACCGAAGUGGUAAACAUCUAAGACCUGCAUCACAGGCUUUCCUCCCAUAUCAAGCUGACACACCAUUAUAUAACUGAACAACUGUUCUAAGCUGAACAGGACCUGACCAUCAUCAUGGUGUCCAUCCAGUGACAGUCACUGUUAACAAACCCAAGUACAGUCAGUAUUAUCAUUGAGGACUUGGCAGCACUUAAUAUUCAUUUGAUAUUUGUGUCCGUACUUCACCCUUGUGACUGGUUCAUAGUGGUCAUACAGUUUAAUAUCAUACUGACACAUGUAAAAAAAUAUUUUUAUGAAUAAUGUAAUUAAAAUUUGAAAAUCAA